AUGGAGGAUUAUGGAUUUGAGUAUUCCGACGAGGAACCGGAGGAGGAGGACGUCGACAUAGAAAACCAGUACUACAAUGCAAAGGGCAUGCUAGAGGGCGACGAUAGCCGGGAGGCAAUUGAUGCCUUUAGACAAGUCGUGGAUAUGGAGCAGGGAAAGGGAGAAUGGGGCUUUAAAGCUCUAAAGCAGCUGGUGAAGCUGCACUACAAGCUGGGGCAGUACGGCAAGAUGAUGGAUUCGUACAGGCUGAUGCUGAGCUAUGCGGAGAGCGCGGUCACAAAGAACGCGAGCGAGAAGAAGAUCAACAGCUUGUUGGACUUCAUGGCCGGGGCGUCGGAUAUGCAGAUCCUUCAGGAGUUUUACGAGGCCACCUUGCAGGCGCUGGAGAAGGCCAAGAACGAGAGACUGUGGUUCAAGACACAACUUAAACUUGCCAACUUGUGGUUUAAAAACCAGGAGUACGGCAGAAUGAGCAAAAUUAUCCGGGAGUUGCACAAAUCUUGUCAGCGAGAGGACGGUAGCGAGGACCUCAAGAAGGGCACUCAGCUGCUGGACAUAUACGCGCUGGAGAUCCAGAUGGCCACGGAGCAACGGAACAACAAGCGGCUCAAGAAGCUCUACCAGCAAGCGCUCACCGUCAAGUCGGCCAUCCCGCACCCUCGCAUCAUGGGCAUCAUCAGGGAGUGCGGAGGCAAGAUGCACAUGCACGACCAGCUGUGGAGCGAGGCGGCCACGGACUUCUUCGAGGCUUUCAAGGCCUACGACGAGGCGGGGGUUGGUCGCCGAGUGCAGUGUCUCAAGUACCUGGUGCUGGCCAACAUGCUCAUGGAGAGCAGGGUAGACCCCUUCGACGCGCAGGAGGCCAAGCCGUACAAGCAGGAUCCUGAGAUUGUGUCCAUGACCAACCUGGUAGCGGCCUUCCAGCGCAACGACAUCAAUGACUUCGAGAAGAUUCUGCGAACUAACAAACGCACCAUCAUGGACGACCCCUUCAUUCGCAACUACGUGGAAGACCUGCUCAAGAAGAUCCGUACGCAGGUGCUGCUAAAGAUCAUCCAGCCGUACACCCGGGUUCGAAUCCCCUUCAUCGCACAAAAGCUAAACAUCCCGGCCCCCGAUGUGGAGCAGCUGCUGGUAUCGCUGAUUUUGGAUGGCCGGGUCGCGGGCAACAUCGACCAGGUGAACCAGAUUCUGGAGGUGGGCGGUCGCCAGGAGGGCGCCCGGCGCUACUCCUCCCUGGACAAGUGGGCGGCUCAGAUCAGCUCCCUGCACGCGGCGGUUCAGAACAAGCUGGUAAUCAACAUGGCGUGA